UUUCUUUCUCGCUUUUCCACUGCGCUCAACCUCGAAUGUCUUGAGCUAGCUUUAGCGGAUUCUUUUCUCUUCUUCUUCCGUCCACAUACUCCUGCAACCGUUGCCCCCUUCAGACCUUGCAGUGGUCAACAAAGUCAUGGCAUAAAUUCGAGCCUGCACUAUCCUCGACGCUGAGCCUGCCCCGCCGCUGUAUUGACCUCUUCAUCACCUGCUUGUACCCAGCUCGAUUCCUUUCGAGAGCUCUCAGACGCCUGUUUAUUCAUACUGUCUGAAGGAAAAUAGUCUGUGCUUCGGGGGGUUGUCUACUUCAAGAUGCCUUCUGGUAAAUCAGUCUCUACCGACAAGACCCGCGCCUACAGCGCAUCUAGCUCUUUCAACAUAACCGUCCUCAUUUCUGGUUCAGGCACGAACCUCCAGGCCCUGAUCGAUGCUUGCGGCCAAGCACCGCCCUCAAAGAGCCGAUCUACCCCGAAACGUCUCCUUCCACAAGCCGAGAUCACACACGUUAUUUCCAAUCGUCGUGAGGCAUACGGCUUGACUCGUGCUCGAGAUGCACGCAUUCCUGUGACGUACCACAAUCUUGUGGAGUACAAGAAGAGAUAUCCAAACAAUGUACAAGCCGCAAGGAAUCAGUACGAUUCCGAUCUUGCCCAGAAGAUCCUCACCCACAUCCCUUCGCCAGAUCUAGUUGUCUGUGCCGGGUGGAUGCAUAUUCUGUCGCCGAUUUUCAUCAACGCUUUGGCCUCUGCCCAUGUCCCUGUCAUCAACCUCCAUCCUGCUUUGCCCGGACAAUUCAAUGGUGCAAACGCCAUCGAUCGUGCUUAUGAAGCUUUCAAGAAAGGCGAGAUCACCAACACCGGGGUGAUGGUACAUUACGUCGAGGCAGAUGUCGAUAUGGGUCCGCCUAUCCUGGUCAAAGAAGUCCCUUGCCAAACCGGGGACUCUCAAGAAGAUCUGGAAAAGAGGAUACACGACACAGAAUGGAAACUGAUUGUCCAAGCCACAGGGAAAGUACUUUCGGACCUGGAAGAGAAGAGGAGGUCCGAGAGUUGAGCCAUGCCAAAAAAAAUACUUGCGUUUACCCAACAUAGUUGAUGACCUGAAACCUACGGAGUACAGGUAGCCAAAAGUCGUUCCCUGAUUGCAGCAAGGUGUUUUCGGCCUUAUGGGAUCACGUCUGGGAUAGAGGAGUUUGUUAGAUUUGGGACCGCGGCACAAACCAUCAUAUAUCUCAUGUGAGAUGAUGGUUCUUUGUUUUCCCCAUGUUUUUCGCCCUGUGGUGACGGAGCCAAAUGAGAGGACUAUGUCUCAGGCCAGGGUUGGCAGUGGUGUAGCUUCAAGAGCUGAAAUUGCAGGGGAUGGUGGCAGCUGGGCUUUUGGGGGCUGGAGUUCGACAGGGCCCGAAUUGACCAAGUAUGCCAGAUUUGCCACGUUUCAACGAUUCGUAAACGUACUUUUGGAGUGGACGGAACGGUGGGCAUUUGGCUGAUUGAAACACUCAUCUGGUGGACAAUUGGACAGAAAUUCAAAAAAAAAGAGAGAGGAAAAGGAACAUAUCGGCGCACCAAGGUACUGCCUGGUAGUCACGACAGCUUCAUACUACCUGAAAAGUAAAAACUACUUGACAUGAAUGAAAUGAUGAACUCACA